CAACGAGUGCCCCUACUGUUGACAUGGCGAAGGACGUGCACCGUGUGGUCAAUGCUAUUGACGACCGUGUGUUGAAGAGCGUGGAAGAUCCCAAGUUUGCGUCCUUCUCGAAGGAAGACGCGGCUAGAGCGGCUGCACCUGACUUGGAGCUCCGAAGAAAGAAGUUUCCGAUACGCACAGGCUUGGCAGCCGCGAGUCUCUUUGCACUUGGCUCCAUUCUCAUCUACGUGAGCACCCUCAUCGGUCUGGACAAGGAGAAGCGCGGACUCUCCUUCCUCAUUCUUGGUCUUAUCGCCUUCAUCCCAGGUAGCUACGCGACCUACCAGCUCUACGGCGCCUGGAAGGGCUGGAAGGGCUACAACUACGACCAAAUCCCGUCCUACGACGACUAGGUUGCAACCUAUUGCUUUUUACAGCAACUUCCUUCCUCAUUUUAUAGCGUACCUCUUCAACCAGCCACAAAAGUUAAUAAUGAAUUUCUAACGUUACCAUA